AUGGUUUAUAAAAAUUUUGAUCAUGAAAUAGGAAAAAGGAAGAUAUUCCUGGAUAAUAGGAACUGCGAGGAUAAUUCAAUAAAUGAAGGACUAAAAAUUAAAAUGGAAGACUGGAGAUAUGAAAAUAAAUAUAAUAAUAUACAUAAUGAUAAGUAUAAACAUUAUGGAGAUAUUUUAAAUAAAUAUGAUUACCAAAUAGAUAAUAUUAAAAAGAAGGAUGAAAGAGAAUAUGGAAAUUAUAAAAUGAAUGACUAUGAUAGGAAAGGUACAAACGUAUAUGGAGCAAGAAAAGAUUAUGAGGAUAAUAUAGAAAAUUAUAGAGAAAGACGUGAAACCAAAAUAAAUGAAACAUAUAUGAAUCCAACAGAUGAAUAUAUUGAGAGUUUAAAAAGAAGGAUAUCUCAAAGAGAUAUUAAUGAAUUAUUAAAUAAAUAUAAUAAGAAAGAUGAAUAUUAUCAUGAAAAUAAUUAUAUGAAAAAUGAUAAGCGACAUACUUAUCAUAAUUUAAAUAGGAAGUACGAUUCCUUAAAUGAGACGAAUAAUCGUAUGUUCCAUUCUGAAAAUAAAAAUAGAAAUAAUUAUUCACAUGAUGAUUUAUCACGUGAGAAAAUAAGGUAUCACUCAAAAAAUAAUCGUUAUUAUAAUUUAGAUAAAAGUCAAAAUAGUGUUAAUAGGAAUUAUAAUAGUAAUAAGGAUAUUAACAAUUUAAAAAUUUUUAACCGUGAGGAAACAGAUAAGGGGAGAUAUAAUAGAAUAAAUGAAAAUGUGGAAUAUUGUAAAAAAAAUUUUCAUAAUAUAAAUUUACAUAAUGAUGAAUCUUCUACAUUUGAUAGCGAUGAAUAUGAAAAAUACAAUAUUAGGAAUCAUGAAAGGAAAUUAUCACCCAAAAAAAAUCAUUAUAUUAAUUAUCAUAAUAAUGAUAAUAAUAUAUUUGAGUCUUCCUUUUCCCCCCUAAAACAAAAAUAUCCCAGUUUGAAUAAAUCGCUUGGAUAUAAAAACACUUUCAAUGAUCAUUUGAAUACACCAUGUUAUAAUAAAGAGUAUGAAAAUAAUAGAAGAAAAACUGAAUUUAAAGAUUACGAACAUAAUGAUACUUAUGAGAGGGAUAAAAAGAAAUCUUUAUAUGACACUUUUUUUAAUAUUACAGAAAAGUUAGGAAGUAUUCAAAAAGGGAAAGAAGAAAAUGCUAGUUUACAAAAAAAUGAGGAUAAUGAAAUUUUUGAGGAAGAUGAAAAAAACAAAUAUUAUAGUAAUGAAAACAAUAAUACAAUUAAAAAGAAAUCUAACAUAUUAAACCAUAAAAAUUAUAAUGAUAUAUUACAUGAUGUGUCAAAUUAUGGAAAUAUACGAAAUAGUUAUAUAUAUAAUAAUAGGGAUAGCUUCAAAAAUGAAGAGACUAAAAAACAAAAUGAUAAGAAUUAUCAAGAGGAAGAAACAUUUGAUUUUUUUAUAAAAAAAUAUCCUUCGAUGACAAAUAAAAAUAAUAUAAAAAGAAAUGAUAUUAAUGUGGAAAAUAUAUAUAAAGGUGUAAAUUGUUUUGAUGAUAUUUUAAAAUAUAAUUCUGAGGAUUCCAUAACAUGUGAAGAUGAUAAAAAUAUAUUGAAGGGUUUAAAUAAUAACAUAAAUAAUAAUAUAAAUAAUAAUAUUAAUAAAAAUAUAAAUA